CAUCUUCAACCAUAAGAAAUCUCUCUCUCUCUCUCUCUCUCUCUCUCUCUCUCAUAGUAUACACACAAUUCAUCCCUCCCUCCUUCCUCUCUCUCUCUGCCUCUCUCGAAUACACACACACACGCAGCAUCUCUCUCACUAAAAUAUAAAAAAAUGGACAAUGUUCUUCUUCUUCCACAACUUUACUUUAGUGAAUCACACCAUGUGAAUCUCUGACACAUUCUUCUUACUUGGAUUAUACUCUCUCUUUGUCUUUCUCUCUCCCUCUCCAUCUCUCUCAUCUUCUUCACACACACAAUCACUCAGUGUGUGUGAAAAUUGUGAUAGAUAGACAGAUACAAUAUAUACACACAGUACACCUAAUUAGGGCAAAUGUCUGGUAGAGGACGAAGCAACUCACCGUAUCAACACAGAAAGCACUCAACGCCUCCAUUCUCAUCAUCAUCUUCAUCGAAUUCAUUCGGAAAGCUCAUGCCUCGGUCCUGCUCUUCCUCCGCGACGUCGUUUUACAGUUCGAGCAAUGGCGGUUAUAAUACUAGAUCGGUCACUCCGAGUCGGAGUUACAGCAACUCAGGCUACGGAGCUCGGACGCCGGUGAAUUAUCCGUCGCCGGAGGAGUUGGAGUCGCCGGUGGAUUCUUCGCGAUCCGGCGGUGAUAGCAUUUCGGUCACGAUUCGGUUUCGGCCGUUGAGUGAACGGGAGUAUCAGAUUGGUGAUGAACUUGCUUGGUAUGCUGAUGGUGAUAAAAUUGUUCGGAAUGAGUAUAAUCCGAUGACUUCUUAUGCAUUUGAUAAGGUAUUUGGACCUUCUACGGCUACUCAGGAAGUUUACGAAGUAGCUGGCCGACCUGUUGUAAAAAAUGCAAUGGAGGGUAUCAAUGGAACUGUUUUUGCUUAUGGUGUUACAAGCAGUGGAAAGACACAUACUAUGCAUGGAGAUCAAAAUUCUCCAGGUAUCAUACCUUUGGCAAUAAAAGAUGUCUUCAGCAUCAUUCAAGAUACACCGGGAAGGGAAUUCUUGCUCCGCGUAUCCUAUCUUGAAAUCUAUAAUGAGGUGAUAAAUGACUUGCUUGAUCCAACUGGGCAAAACUUGCGAGUCAGAGAAGAUGCACAGGGUACGUAUGUCGAGGGUAUAAAGGAAGAAGUUGUCUUGUCACCUGGGCAUGCACUUUCCUUUAUUGCUGCUGGAGAAGAGCACCGGCAUGUUGGCUCAAACAAUUUUAACCUUUUUAGUAGCCGCAGUCACACAAUUUUCACAUUGAUGAUUGAAAGUAGUGCCCAUGGUGAUGAAUACGAUGGAGUGAUCUUCUCUCAACUUAAUCUAAUAGAUCUUGCUGGAUCUGAGAGCUCAAAAACUGAAACUACUGGUCUAAGGAGGAAGGAAGGAUCGUACAUAAACAAAAGUCUUUUGACACUCGGAACGGUGAUUGGUAAGCUUAGUGAGGGCAAGGCAUCUCAUGUACCAUAUCGAGAUUCUAAACUUACUCGCCUCCUUCAAUCCUCCCUUAGUGGGCACGGACAUGUUUCGCUUAUCUGCACGAUUACUCCUGCAUCAAGUAAUAUGGAGGAAACUCAUAACACACUGAAAUUCGCAAGCAGGGCAAAACGUGUUGAAAUCUAUGCCUCGCGGAAUAAGAUAAUUGAUGAAAAGUCACUGAUCAAGAAGUAUCAAAGAGAAAUAUCUGUACUUAAGGAUGAGCUGGAUCAGCUAAGGAGGGGUAUGCUUGUUGGAAUCCAUCCUGAGGAAAUUAUGACCUUAAAACAAAAGCUGGAAGAAGGACAAGUGAAAAUGCAAUCAAGAUUGGAAGAAGAGGAAGAAGCCAAGGCUGCUUUGAUGAGUAGGAUCCAGAGGCUGACCAAAUUGAUACUCGUUUCAUCUAAAAAUUCAAUUCCUGGUUUGAGUGAGAUUUCUGGUCAUCAGGGAAGUCUUUCUGUUGGCGAAGAUGAUAAGCUGGAUGUUCUAGGUGAUGGUUCAGUACUCAUGGAUGGUGAAAAUCAAAAUACCAUAGGAAUCGAAUCUUAUAAUUCAAAGCAAAAAUCUUCCAGCAAGUCGAAUGAUGAUCUGUCUACACCAGGCAGUACAAUGACUGAAUCACUUCAAACUGGGGAACUUAUCAGCGGGUCAUCGUGUGGUUCCAAAGUAGGUAUGUUGAUGUCAGAUCAGAUUGACCUACUUGUUGAGCAAGUCAAGAUGCUAGCAGGUGAGAUUGCUUUCAGCACCAGCACCUUAAAGCGUUUAAUGGAGCAAUCUGCCAAUGAUCCUGAGGGAUCAAGAACUCAGAUUCAGAACUUGGAAUGUGAGAUUCAAGAGAAGACCAAGCAAAUGAGGCUGUUAGAACAGAGGAUAACUGAAAGUAGUGAAUCUUCAGUUGCAAAUGCGUCACUAGCUGAUAUGCAGCAGACCUUAAUGAGAUUGAUGACUCAAUGUAAUGAGAAGGGGUUUGACCUAGAGAUCAAGUCGGCAGACAACCGUAUACUCCAGGAACAAUUGCAGAACAAGUGCUCGGAGAACAAAAAAUUGCAAGAGAGAAUUGAAUUCUUAGAGCAAAAACUGGCUUCGGCUGUUGGUGACAAAGAUUUCAUGUCGUCUGAUGAGUGUGGACCUAAGGAAUGUGCCGAUGAUUUGAAAAAGAAAAUAAAAGUUCAGGAGAUUGAAAAUGAGAAAUUGAAGCUGGAACACAUUCAUAUGUCAGAGGAGAAUAGUGGAUUAUAUGUUCAGAACCAAAAAUUAUCUGAAGAAGCUUCAUACGCGAAGGAACUAGCUUCUGCUGCUGCCACUGAACUGAAGAAUUUGGCUGGAGAAAUCACCAAGCUUUCGUUACAGAAUGCAAAGCUGGAAAAAGAAUUGAUAAAUGCUCGUGAUUUAAUUAACUCCAGAGGCUCUGGCGCAAAUGCUAAUGGUGGUAACCGCAGGCAUGGUGAUGCUCAGAGACAUGGUAGAAGAGGACGGCUUUCUAGUCGGUCAAAUGAAGUUUUAGGAAUGGUGACUGAUGAGUUUGACUCAUGGAAUCCUGACCUAGACCAUCUAAGAUUGGAGUUACAGGCAAGAAAGCAAAGGGAGUCUGCCCUCGAGGCUGCUUUGGCUGAGAAGGAAUUGACAGAAAAUGAAAGCAGGAAGAAAGUUGAAGAGGGUAAGAAAAGGGAGGCUGCUCUUGAAAAUGAUUUAGCAAAUAUGUGGGUUCUAGUUGCUCAAUUGAAGAAAGAGGUUGGAGCUGUCAAAGAAGCAAAGGUUAACGAGAUACGUCCAAUUGAUAUUGACCAUGUGAGCAACCCAAGUACAGAUGAUGGUGAAAUCAUCAACUCAGUCCUUAAAGAGAGACAAAUUUCUGAUGUUAUCGAGUCAGGUUAUGUGAUUCCCAAGGAAGAACCCCUUGUUGCUAGGUUGAAGGCUCGAAUGCAAGAGAUGAAGGAAAAAGAGCUCACGUCUUUGCCAAAUGGAGAUGUAAAUUCUCAUUUAUGCAAAAUAUGUUUUGAAUCAACGACUACAGCUAUGCUUCUUCCUUGCCAGCAUUUUUGUUUGUGUAAAUCUUGUUCAGUUGCAUGUAUCGAGUGUCCAAUUUGUCGCACAAAGAUAGCAGAUAGAGUUUUUGCUUUUACUUCGUGAUAGUUUACUCAACACCAUCACAAACAGGGAUCAAUUUCAACUCAACUGUUUGUGUUUUUGGAGGCAUUUUUUUAUUGAUCAACUUGUACGUAGCUGUUGCAAAAGAGAGAAAUAUACAAUUCCUUUGGUGUGGAGUGUAGAUAAGACCUGGAAAAGGAAAAUCAGUCAAGAUGAAGUAGCAGUGGGAGGGAAAGGAGAAGAAAUUAUAUUUGCAAAAUAUAAACAUGUAAAUAUUAUAACCUCUUAACCAACUUUGUGGAGAUAAUAAAAGAGUGUUUGGUUAUUA